AUGCAUAAGAGUCCACAGACAUGGCCCUAUCCAAUUGAUGUUGUAGAGUACUUUAGAGUGCUUCCGAAGGAUUUGAAGACACGCUUGUACAAAGCGCCUAUAUUUGCGGUUUCUUUUCUGAAGAUUUUUGACGAGGACACCAGAAGAUUUGUGAUGGAUCUUGUUCUGAAGUCUCCUUCGAUUGGGAUGUUGAGGGAAGUUGAUGGAGUGAAAAAUAUAUUGAAGACACUGUUGAAGGUGCAUGUGAUUGAGAAGAGGGGAAGCAAUAUAUACCUGGAUGAGGAUUUUAGAAGAUCUCUGAUGGAUGGAUUCUGCAUGCUUGUUAUGGAGAAAUAUUACAGGAAGGCACAUGAAACAAUUACUGUUAAUGAAGAAAAGAGCAAUCAGAUGUUUGAAUCGAUUUUAAAGUUUAUUGUGAAUAAGGAUUUUAAGAGUCAUGCAUUUGGAAUCAAUGAGAUUGUUGUUUUUGGAGGACUGCUUGAUAAACAAAAGAACAUUACGAACAGAGGAUUUGAGUUUCUACUGAAGACAAAGAAGGAGCAGAUGUGGUGUCUUGUGUUGCUUUCGUUGAAGUAUUUUGCGAGCUCUGUUGAGGAGGAAGUUGCUGCAGUUGAGGCAUUUUUUGAGUUGAGCACAAAAAGUAUUGGAGUGCUGUAUGAUCAGAUAUCAGUGGUGAAUAUCAGACUAUUGAAGUAUUUUGAAGCGCUUGGAAUAUUGAAGAUGUAUGGAGAGAAGUUAGCUAUUGGAAAGAAUCUUGUGCGGAUGUUUGAAGCUUCUGAGCGUAGUAAGAGAGAGUUUGUGAUAGUUGAAACAAACAACAGAAUUUAUGCAUACACUAACUCUGAGUACGAAAAAUCGGUUAUUCAUUUGUUCUGUGAUGUUGUAGCAAGGCUUCCGAACCUAAUCAAGGGGAUGAUAACUGAAGAAAGCACGAAUGCAGCAUUUGACAAGGGAAUCACAGCAAGACAAAUAAUACACUUCUUAGAAUCCAGCAUCAAGAUCGGAGAGCUGCCAGAGACUGUUUGUAGUCAGAUAGAGAUAUGGGAAUCGAAGAGAAACAAGAUAUUUAUGGUUCCUGGAUAUUUGUAUUCUAAUUUCCUGAACUUUUCUGACUACCAGAAGGUUCUGAAGUUCUGUGUGGAUGGAGGGCAUCUUGUUGAAUCUGACUCAGACAAGCGGAUUAUUGUAGUAAAGCUUGAUGGGCAUAGCUUUGUAAAAGAGUUCAUGAAGACGAUUCUUUGA